AUGACUGUAAACUGUUUUCUUCAGGUUGUGUCAAAUGCUGCUGGACAGGGGGUUGCCAUCACUGGGAACAAUACUUUCAACAACUGGAAUUGGCCUAAUGCUGUGAUUUUUGCUGCUACUGUGAUCACUACCAUUGGUUACGGAAAUGUUUCUCCAAAGACACCCUCUGGGCGUCUCUUCUGCAUAUUUUAUGGGCUCUUUGGAGUUCCUCUCUGCUUGACAUGGAUCAGUGCUCUGGGGAAGUUCUUUGGAGGACGUGCCAAGAGGCUGGGCCAGUUUCUGACAAAAAGAGGAGUAAGCCUGAGGAAAGCACAAAUUACAUGCACAGCUAUUUUCAUUGUUUGGGGUGUUUUGGUCCAUCUGGUUAUUCCUCCCUUUGUCUUUAUGGUGACUGAAGGAUGGGAUUACAUUGAAGGCCUCUAUUUCUCAUUCAUCACUAUCACCACCAUAGGAUUUGGAGAUUUUGUUGCUGGUGUAAAUCCAGAUGCAAACUAUCAUGCCCUUUACAGAUAUUUUGUGGAGUUAUGGAUCUAUCUGGGACUAGCUUGGCUUUCACUUUUUGUUAACUGGAAGGUCAGUAUGUUUGUGGAAGUCCACAAAGCAAUCAAGAAACGGAGGAAAAAAAGAAAAGAGUCAUUUGACAACCAUCCUCGGUCUAAAAAACCCCUUCAAAUGGGUACCUCAAAGGAUGUCAACAUCUUCAGCUUCCUUUCAAAGAAGGAAGAGACCUACAAUGAUCUUAUUAAGCAAAUUGGGAAGAAGGCCCUGAAGACGAACAAUGACAAAAUGAUUAAAGUAGAAAAUGCCAAACAAAAUAUGCAGAAUACCAGUAUAGAUGUCCAGGUGACUUACACAAAGACAGAAUCAUUUGAGUAUGAUGAAGUUUCCCUGGACAUUCAAAAUGGUCAUGUACUGAGACCCCUGCAUGAUAAACGUAUUGGAGACAGCCCUCUAGAAGGAACCAUGUUUGUAAACCAGCUGGACAGGAUUAGCGAAGAAGAAGGCGAAGUGUGGGAUUCCAGAGACUAUCGACCCUUAAUAUUUGAGAAUGCCAAUAUAACAUUUGUAAAUGAAGAUGAUGAUGAAGAGGAAGAUAUCUCGGAUGAUGAGGAAACGUCAAAAUCCUCCAUGGAUGAUAAUCUAGCUGAAGAAUCUGAAACUGCAAAAAACCUGGUAAAAUUCCCGUCCUCUGAUGAAUCUACCUUUACCAAUAACGAGCUAGAACUUUCUGUGCCUUAUGAACAACUGAUGAAUGAAUAUAAUACAGUAAGCAAUGUGAAGGCUGCAACGUGAAGCGUGUUUGACAAUGGUUUUCUGAAAGAGGUCAGUGCAUAAUGAACAAAUUAACAGAGCAAGGAGAAAAGCAUGUUUUUGCAGCUUCUCCUCUCUCUUUGAAAACAAAAGCAAGUCCCAGACUAAUAAACUCCAGUGUCCUUUUCCCAUUCUAAGUUGGUUUCUGAGCCCAACAACUUUGCUUAUCUGAGAAACUUGUAAAAUAACAGUUGAAUUUGGAGGCCUGCUCCUUCGUGGGAUUUUAUGGUUCUUGAGCAAAGUAGAAAAGAAAAGACUAGUUAAUACACUGGACCUGCUCUGCUUUUAUGCAUUUCAUUGAGGAAUUAGUUUGGGAAUGUAGCUAUACUGUUGCAAAGAGACUGUUUCGGGCAUCAAAUGUGUUCGGUUACUCCACUAGCCUUUCACCUCUGAAAACCUGGAUUUGAAUCCUGCUUUGAUCAUGAAUGAAAGAAAGGGGUUUGCUUUUUUUUUUCCUCCAAGUUGCCCAUUGUUAAGUUGUUACCACAAAAAAGUGGUGCAACCACUAGUUGUUCUUAAUGAGAAACUUCAGAUGGAAUACCGGGACACACAGAUCUGAGCUGAGGCGUGCUGGCAGACUGAGGAGGAAGCAUCUGAAACAUCUGUCUAGAAUAUGCCAGUGCUUGUCAAAUAAUAGUGAACUGUAAUUUCAUAAAUAAAACAUUAAAAUUAAAAAUUCCAAAGGAAUGGCUUGAGAAGGAAACCUCUAACAAGGAAGAAUCACCUGGGAUGAAGCUCACCAAUUGCGCUGCUAAACUGCACAUCAGCCCCAGAACUGUCAAAGAGUGAAGUGACUGGAAGACCGACCUAUCGAUCAAAGCACGUAUGAGCACAAGCAGGAUGCAAUGAACUUUUUUUAACUUUGAAAGUGUCCUUCCACUGUCCAUUUCCUAGAGGAAAUACUUGAAUGAACCUUAUGCAGUAUCUAUGUACAGGUGAAGUUUUAUUGACACUGGUCUUCUGAGGAAAAGAUCACCUUGGGAGGCACAGGUAUCCUCCAAAUGCCUGUCAGCAGGGACCCGUAGCACUGCUGCCGAUCCGUGCAGUGUGCUAGUCAGUAUUGUUUGGUGUUCCUCCCUGCCUUGGUACUUCAGACUAGACUUGAAUGAGGGAUGAUUUUUGAAACAGUUGAUUACACUCUGCUUAUUUGUUUUAAAGUAUGACCUAUGUGCUUAUACAAUGGUUAUUCUAUCCCGCUUUCAAGAAAGCUGGGCAAUGUCAAAUCUUGGGCAAACUGAGAUGUGAUCAAGUGACUCAAGGCCAUAAGGCACUUUUUUAAAAGGAACUUUGGCUCUAAGCACCUGAAAGUAUUAUCUUUUGGCUUGGAGAUGGGCUUCUCAUUGAGAAGGAAGUAUGCUUCUUCAUAACAUUUAUGCCCAAAUUGUUUUGGCUACGAAGAAAAUGAUACCAUGGUUUUAUUUUUCUUUAUUUCUCCAUAUCCAUGCGUUAACCCUGACAACUCUUUCAAAUGAGGCUCUUGAUUACAUGUUGGCAAAAGGUACUGACAUCAGUUGUAUCCAAUGGACUUGGAACAGAAAAUAGCCGAGACCUUUGAACCUUAACAUGUCAAGUUCUGUUGUUGUUCUUAGUUUUACGGUAUUUAAGUCAUUCCAGUACGUCUGAAAGUUUCCAAAGUUCAGUGAACAGUUAAAAAGUUGUCUCAUUCUUGUUUUCAGUAUAAUGCUGGCAGACUCACUAGCUCUGUAAGAAGAGCUUGUGGAAUCUUGCAAUGCUAAUCUUGAAUUACUAGAUAUUUCUAAUAACUGCAAAAAUUGGCUGCAGCUUCAGUUACUGGCCUCUUCCACAGGAGAAGGAGGACAUGUGGGAAACUAGCGCUCUGGUUGGAUAGCCUGUUGAGGGGAAGCUUUGGAGGCGUCUACUGUGAAACAAGGGACUGUCUUUACUCAUUUCUUUUCAGAAUUAGCCACACAUAAGACAGUUUUUCAAAUAGAAAGUGAACAUGAGGCUAGGGCCAACUGUGUUAGACUGGCAAAAAAGUGGCAUCAACAUAAUUGGAUUUGAUAGUUAAUCUGUACUUUAUGGUAAUAUCACAGAAGAGAGGUUUUAAUUUGAAAUAAACUUUUAUUACAUUACUGCUAUUUGGAGCAGGGGUGGCUGUGGGUGAACUUGACUUGUAUCUAACAGGAAAGAGGGAGAGGGCCUAUCGAGAAGGCUCUGAUUUACUUCUAGUAGACACCCCCACCCCCGUUGUUUUAAAACGACUCCAAGCCCUUCAAGUAUUUCUGCAUAUCUGAAGGGUUGUGGUUGACAACUAUACCUUGUAACUCUUAGAAAUGGUAGGCGAGACUACCUACGUGAUAUGCAGGAUGCUUGCACAGCAAGUCUAGCUGCCUUUCUUUUUUUCUUUGUUUAAAAAAGUGCACAUUAGCUUAAAAGAAAAUGAGAAAGCACUCCAUAUAGCUUUUGUUGUCCUCCAACUUGUCUUCCGUUACUGAUGCAGAGAUCAAAGUUUUAGUGACAGUUAGAAAGCUACAGGAUAGUGAGGAGAGAAUAGGCUGGCUGAAAGUGCGUGAAAUGGAAAAGCAUAGUCCAAUCUUCGUGUUAAAAAAGAUAAAUUUCUCUUUAAUACAGAAAUAAUACAACCCAGACGCUUGGCUGGGCUGCUUUGAUUGGGAGGGGAUGUUGCACACUGGAACCCAAACCCUCCGUUCUCUGUAGCGAAGUCCACUUGUACGCCAGAGCUGAGAAUGGAUGGGAUCUGUUUCAUAUUAUCAAGUUAGAUGUGGCUCUCUGGCCUUUCCCAGUGUAGUCAGCAUAAACUAGAAGUCUGCGUAAUAAGUAUCAUGGGAUUUAAAGUAAGAGUUUAAAUUUAUUAAAACAAAGUACAAUAUUCCCGCUUUUUUGGGAAACAUGAUCACACCUCACAAAACUUUUCUCAAGACAUCCCACCGUGUGCCUUAAUGUAACCCUAACGCUGGGAAAAAAAUUCCUCUUCACACAGGGGCCAACGCAAUUGGUCUCGUUAAGCCCUACUUAUUUUCAGUGUUUUGGAGGGGUUUAGUUGGCACUUAGCUUUCAUACUGGCUCUCUCCAAAAAGUCGAACAAUUUCCCAGGGUUUUUAAAAUUAUGGUGCCAUCUCAGAACUGCCGAAGUGCUAAGCAAGACAGCUUUUUGCCUGCCUGUCUUCCAAGUCUUGAGAAAAGCAGCUGCCGGGGCGAUCUAAAUUAAUGUCUUUUUGCCUUCAGAUUUAGACCUAAUGAAUUAGAAGGGUGUCCAGGCUGGAUUUUGAGCUUUUCAGCCCCAAAAGUGCCUCUGAGUGAAUUCCCCAGUGCUACCUGGUAAAGGUCUCAUAGUUAUUUCAACUAUCUGGUCAAUCUGGAAACACUUUCUUUGGAUGCCAUGUAAGAUUUCAUUUGGCUAACCAAUAAUGUUAACAGCUCUCUUCAUGGUAUGGAAGUAGUUUCGUAGGCAAGACAAAUCUCUUCCUGGAAAGAAAGGAGAGGGGCUUUUUGGUUUUUUCCCCCUUUUUUUUUUUUUUUUUUUUUAAAGUCUUAAACACACAUAUAAGGAAGGGAUGGAAUCAAGUGGAAACUCUGCUUUCUAGCUACUGCCCACAACUAGAUUGUGUUUCUAGCCACAUCACGUGAAGCAUGGGUCCUCUGUCACAAUACAAACUUGCUAAUUUUGCCAAGAUGAGCCAAUACUUUAAAAAAAUAAAAAAAUAAUAAUUUUAAAAAUCCUAAAAUGUGACAACAAAAGUCUGUUCCUACAAAAGCCCUUUUAAGUGCUGUAGACUAUGUGACCACAUCCUUCAUGACAUGUGACACUUGUUGGUUUUCUCUUGCGCUAUUAAAGCCUAUUUUUUACCAGAAGGGCAUCAUCUUAAGAUAACUAUCUCACAGCAGGCAGUCUAACAUAUCUGAUACACUGGUACGAAAUCACCGAGGAAAUACAAAAAGUGGUGUGUUUAAAUUUUUCUGAACUAAUGACUUGUGAAUCUGUUGCUGGCAACGGAUGUCACAAAGCAUGCGUAAAUAAAAUAAACCAUAGACUGGUAACAGAUCCAUGGUGACACAGUUGUAUAUAUUGAGAUUUUUUUUUUUUUACUCCAGUUGAUCUGGGAGAGUAUGUGUAGAGACAGACAAGCAUCACUGAUGAGGAGAGCAAAAAGCAAUAUACAGGUUUGUUGACCUAAAAAACCCACCCCAAGAACUGUUAGUGGACUUGUAAUUUUUGUGCCUCAUGGGAUUCAUUCCAUUUGUGAUGGAUUUACGUUUUAAAAAUUUAGCUUGUCUUUCAUACGGCUUCUGAAGUUUGUACAGUUCUGACUCCUAUCACUCCAUAAUAUGCCUGUCUGUCUGUCCGUUGUUGCUGAUUGUCACUGGAAUCACACUGUAUGUAAA